AUGCAAAAGUUGAAAGAUAACGUCCGCAACGGCCUCACUGCCGUCUCGACGACGCUGCACACACCCCUCCCCGAAAGUCUGGAGGAAGAGUGCCGAAAGGCUGCCUCGAUCCUAGAGCAGUUUAUUCCUCGCAACAAUGAAAUUGAUGCACACCUCAUCCCCAUGAGUGUGCUCGAAAACGCCCGCGGCGUUGCCGUGCUUACGAUUGUCAAGGCCGGCUUUGUAUGGUCUGGCCGUGGCGGCGCUGGGUUGGUCGUUGCUCGGUUGCCUGAUGGCCGUUGGUCUGCGCCAUCUGCGAUUGCGGCUGGCGGCGCUGGCUUUGGAGCCCAGAUCGGAGCCCAGAUCACGGACUGUGUCUUUAUCCUGAACACCGACGAUGCUGUUCGAGCAUUUUUCCAGAAGGGCAACUUGACCUUUGGUGGCAAUCUCUCCAUCGCAGCUGGCCCAGUCGGCCGAUCGACCGAGGCUGCUGCCACGGGUCUCAGCUUGGCCCCGAUCUAUUCGUAUUCAAAGUCCAAGGGUUUGUUUGCUGGUCUUUCACUGGAAGGCUCCGCCAUCGUCGCGCGCAACGAAGCCAACUCUCGAUUCUACAACCGCGCGGUGAAUCCUCUGGAUCUGGCAAAUGGGACGAUCGAGCCGCCUGCGAUGGCCGACCCGCUCUACCGCGCGCUCAACCGCCGCUUCGGCGAGGAAAGAGUCCUGGCACCGUCCGCUCGCGGCAUCAAGGCGUACGCCCAGCUCGGCCGGAGCUUCACAGCCAAAGGUGCUCAACAGGGCGCACAGGCUUCGCCGUCACAAUCCUUCGGUGGUCCUAGCUACGGAUCUGCUCAUGACGAUCGCCUGUCGUCCGAGUACGACGCCAAGUCGGCAACCAGCCCUGGCUCUGAGCCCAUGCCAGCCUAUACUCCUGCACUUCCACCGCGCACUGGGACGCUCCAGUCCAGCCAGCCACGAGCGAUGGCCCUCUUUGACUAUGAUCCCGAACAAGAGGGCGAUCUCGGCUUCAAGAAGGGCGAUAUCAUCACGAUUACCGAGUCGUCCGGCAACGUUCAGGAUUGGUGGACGGGCCGGAUUGGCGAGCGGCAGGGUCAGUUCCCGGCCAACUAUGUGCGCAUGAUGUAG